UAAAUUGGUAUUUUUACAGAAUAUUUUGAAGUUUGUUAAUAUAAAAUAUAAAUAUAUGUGCAUAUUAUUUUCUUUUUUUUUUGGAAUACAACAAUUCCCGCGUUCUAAUAUUGUGGUCAAGAAGUGAAUAAAAAACUAUUUUCGUACGAGUGGAAAACGAUAAACGAUUUGACACAAUCACGUGUUCAGACAAAGGCCACCGACCCCAAGGUCACCUGAGAAAUCGUCGAUUCGGUUGCGAAAAACGUAUGGUUCUUCUUUUUUUUAUAGCGUUCAGUUCUACCACGGCUAAGGCCGACAAAAUAAACAAAAAAUGACGGAUGUGUGCAGCGAUAAUAACAGCACGCGGACACGUAUUUGGACAAUUCAUUCGGAUUAUAAAUACGAACGUGAAUUGUACGCAAAAGCACACGCUUACGACUCGCAAAAACCGGUAGAACAUCGUUGGACUCUCGUCAGAAAAACACCCUCGCAGCACACGAAUAAUUCGGUAAAAUUGUCGUCAUGAUGUCUGCGGGCCCGUCGUCACUCAUGGUUACCGCUCUGCUGGUACUGCAUCACGUGACCGCGUUCACUUGCAGCGCUCAACGAUACUGCUCCAGCCGAUUGCGCCGAAAUGCAACCGGUGGCGGCAGCGGCGAAGGACUGACGUGGACUGGCGCCCAGUACCGGUUCGAAUGCGACACGGUAGACGCGUUGCUCAGAGACAACGGCCGUUAUGUGCCGAGAAACAACAUCGCGCUCAGAGCUCAAAUAUGCGGAAACGACUUGUACUUGGCGUACCCCAGGUUGCGAUCCGGCGUGCCAGCCACCGUGGCCACGACUUGCCUGUUUACUGCCGACGCGUGUAGUGAGGCAGUAAUGACGCCUUAUCCUUGCCUGUCGGUACAGGAACAAGGUAAGUCGGAUGAGGUACAGAACGCUGUCGAUCUGUACUUGGAUGCGCAAGAAGUGCUGUGGGUCCUGGACACGGGUGUUGUGCAGACGUUGGACAAGGACGCUGAACCGCUGAGGACGGGACCACCAACCGUAUGGGCGUUCGACUUGAAUACGCGCAAGCUGCUGGCGAAGAUCGACUUGACGUGCCUGACGACGCCGAUGAGCCGGCUCCAGUGUCUGGCCGUGGACUGCGACGAAACGGACGGCAAGUGUUACGUGUACGUGACGGACGCGGCCAACCGGGCGGUGAUCGCGUACGACGUGGCCGAGUCGAAGGGUGCGCGAGUGGUGUUGCCCAAGGCGAUCGCGGCGGGGUGCACCAAGCGCGACGUGCUGUACGCGGCGCUCGUCCGGGCAGAGUGCGGCGGCGGCGCGGCGGCGCUGAUCGUCACAUACCUGUCGGGCGUCAGGGCGUUCACGGUCCGGACCGAGUACCUGCGCCGAGGUUCUGCAGGAAAAGUGACGGACUUGGGCGUCAAACCGGACAGAAUGGUGAUUUUGGGCACGGACGGCGGCUCAAAGGUGUUCUUCCGGUACGACGGUUCACCCGACGUGCAGAAAUGGGACGCAGCCCUACCGUUUGUCGCGGAAAAUUUCUCGCCGGUCUAUCGGUCGGGGUCUUGCUUCCUGGCCACCCAGGUUAUGGCCGACCGUGACCGGAAUCGGCUCAUGGUGCUCGAGACGAACUUCCCGGACUUUGCACAGAACAUCGUCGGCUGCGGAAUCGUGCACAACGUUCGCGUGCUCGAAGGGUGCUUUUAAUAUCCACGCUCGUGGCCCUUUCAACCACGCGGUGGAGUCUGCGGAGAGUCAUCGCUGACGACUUGUGCUGCUUGCAGCCACCGGUUUCAAUAAAUUGUGUAUAUCGGUAUUACCGCCAUCGAACUCAAUUUACCGAAUAUUAAUUAUAAUACCGUUGAUAACUCCUUAUAAUAUACUAUUACUACACCGAAUCGUUUACAUUCACCGGCGUAAACCGGACGGUAUACUCGAAUCGUAUCGGGAGUACACGUAUAGCCGUCCGACGUUAGUGGGAUGACAUAUACUUUGUCUUUUAAACUGAAUAAAUAAAAUAAAUACUAAUUUAAAAUCGUAUCAAAUAAUAUAUUAUUAUUAUAUUUACAUUUUUACAUGUGAAAAAUAUGCUUAGUUAUUUUCAUUAUCAAUUCCUGAGCACGUCCCUGUUAGGAAUUAUAGAAUACAAUUCAACAUUAUAUCUAAGUAAGCAACAGUCCAUAACAUACUUAUUGAAAAUCAUUGUCACUGGAAGAAAAAUAAGACAUUCUCACGUUAAAUUACCGAUUACUAAUAAACAUUUAAAGUAGAUGCUGAGCGAAAUUUAUAGCGUGGACCAAACUUUUCAUCUAACUUAAAAUAUACAUGUUAGUUCCUAAUACAAAAACUAUUAACUAAUUUGUAUGCAUCAACAAAGUAUUGUUAUUUUCAUUAUACAAUUAAAAAACAUACAAAACCUUUACACGAUAUGACAUAAUAAAAAACAUUUUUUUCGUAAAAAUCUAAUACUAAAAAAAAAAUCAUUAUCGAAGGAAAAAACUAAAACCCAUAUGGUCAUAUCUGCAUACAUAAUAAUUCAAUUUUACAAAAAUCACCUGUUUAGUGAUUUGUAGAUACCAAAUGCUUACCUUUUUAUUGAGUUUAAUUACUUGACAAAUAUGUAUAUAACAUAAUAUUCAUUUGAAUUUUUAAUAUCAAAAUAUUAUUAGUACUGAUUAUGCUGAUUAUAAAUCAGAAUUUUUUGAAAUAGAAAUAAAAAAACGUUAAUCUGAAAUAUAUUAGUUAUGUAUAUAUUAUUCUAUAGUUAUAUUGUUAGUAAUACCUUAUACACUACUCUAAUGAAUAAAUUAAUUAAUAAACAAAGGAUAGAUUUGUAUUAAUAUUUAUAUUAAAUAUAUUAAAGUUAUUUAAAAAAAAAUGUUUAUAUCAAUAGCAUUUUCAGUUAUAUCAUGUAUGUUUUAAUUGUCCAUAAAUAUAUAACAAAAAUAGUUAUUGUUUUUUAUAAAUAAAUUAUAUAUUUUAAGGCGUACGAUAUACUAUAACCAUGUAUACGAGUAUACUUAGCAGCUCGAAGAACAAUAAACUACUACCUAACCACUACCUACGCAACAAAACAUACAAUAUUAUUUUUCUUUGUACUAAAAUAAAAUACAAUUUUUUUUUGUGGUCCAAACUAUUUAAUAUCCCCAUAAAUGAAAAUGCAUAUUAUUUUAUUCAGUUCCAUAUUAUGUGCACAAAUACUCAACAACAACGCUAGGUAGUAAUUUUUUUUAGAUUAUUUGUAUUAAUUGUAAAAACUAAAAAUCGUUAAUAAACACAACAUUGUAGUAAUAUCAUAAGCUGAUAUAAAAUUAUAUGUAAUUAUGUUCAUCAGCCAAUUUAUUAUGUAGUAAAACGAUUAAUUGUGCAGUAGGCACACAACAAGUAAAAUAUUGAUGUUUGUACCUAUAAUAUCAGCUAGACACAUCGCAGUAACCACACGCCCUUUAAAUUAUUAUAUUAUAAAUCCUUAUUAAUUAAAUUAACUAUGAUAACAUUUUGAUUUUAGAUUUGGAAAUCACAACCAUAGUCAUUUGAAUUUUAAAUAACUACCUAAUUGAAUACUUUGUAAUUUUAUAAAAGUAGGUAUUACACCUAUUUCUGUCACUACGUUUUAAAUAUUAUAAAAUAAAUAUUAUAAUUUUUAUUUUAAAGAAUAUUUACCAUCUAUACUACUAUAAAUUGUACAGACAAAUAUUAUUAUUUAUUGAAAACAAUGUUUAUUUAAGUCUAAUAGAUAUUUUGUGAUCGAUGUAACUGCAUUAAUGAAAAAAAUUAGUAUAUCUUCUAAUAUGAAUACAAUUUGAAACACUAUACAAGCAUAAUAUUACACAUUAAAUUCAGAUCAUUUUUGCGUAAUGUUUGUUUGUUUAGUUUAAUUCAGUGCAUGUCAUAUUGAUCAUACUAAAUGUAAAUAGCUGGUAUCGUACUGAAUACUUUUUGAUAAUAAUUUAAUAAACAGUAAUAUUUGGUCAUCAUAUUCAAAUUAACAAUAACCAUUGUUAGGUCAUUAAAUAUCUCGUUUUUAAUAAUAAUGAAUAUUUAAUGCAUGAAUAAUAAAGAAUUAUGCGUAUUAUUCUGAAUGUAAUAAUUGUUGUAUAUUAAUUAUAAUACUGAAGUAUGAUAAUUAAAAUGUAAUAUUUUAUAUUUUACUUUGGUCGUUUUGUGACAAAGUCGGUGUAAAAAACAAAAACUUUUACUGAACAAUUAUCUAACUGAAUGCAAUUAUAGGCCGACAGAUUUAUGAUUUAUUUUUAUUUUUCAAUUUAUAUUAACAGAUUUUUCAGAUGAUAUUUAAAGUUCAAAAAAAUAUUAAUUAGCUAGGUAUUCAGUUACUUUUUAUAUAAACAAAAAUAAAUAUUUAUGAAGUAAUUGCUUGAUGUUUACGUGAUCAAUAUAGAAACCAAUAAAGUUG